UAUACAACACAAGAUCAGCAGGAGACCCACACGUUCUGAGUAACUGAAGCUAAAAGCAUUUAAAAUAGGCUAUGACACCUUUUAAGGUGCCCAGAUUGCGGGUACUGUGACAAUCAAGACAACAAAGCCUUUGUAAAAGGAAAGGAAAUCUUCCUAAUUUGGUUCCUUGGGAUAGCAAUUAGCAAAGUGCCAUGUUUCAUAAUAGGCAGAUUCAUAGUUCUUACCUGGGUGACUAAUGCAGAACUGUGUGUGACUUUUAGGUCGGUUAAAGUUCUUCCUUUUUGGCCAUUACAUGAAAGAGGACAAUUUUUCUGGUUUCCCAAGGGUUCCUAAAUCUCACAAGUGUGGUCUGUCUGUCCAUCUCUGCUUGGAUCCCAACUUUUGAAUACAUUGAUGACUUUCAACUAUGUUCUACCUACAACCAUAGAGAAGAGAAGCAAACAUAAUUCAUAAUUACUUUCCUAUGGGAUAAAUAAAACCAUUUUUAUUGGUAGAGCUCUACGCUCUACCGAGCAGAAUUACUCCACUGAGGGAAAAGCAGGUAAAACUCAUCCAUUUUCGCCUUCCAGUAGGUAGCUCAGCAUGGAUGCUGUCUGAAUUGUCUUCAUUCAUCUCAUCCAGAGACCACUGGAAAAGUAGGAGGCAAUACGGGAAAAUAUUUGAGGCAUUUCUAUUUUGAGCAGAGUGUUGAAUUCUUUUCCACUGAUGUCAGUUCUAAUAUUGCAUGAUUAUAUUUUGAAGAUACUAAGAUAACUGUGUAUAUUUCCAAAGUGUAUUUUCAAAUCUCUCUUUCUUGUUUUAGAAAAAAAAAAAUAAAAUGGAGCACAUAUUACUGCUAUUCAUAUUUUUCAUACCUCUACUGGGUCUCAGUAAUGGAACAGAAACUGAACAAGAUUUUACUUGGCACUUAAAGAAGAUUCCCCAGAUUGUGAGAGAAAGAACUUUCUCCCUUGACAGCCCUAAAUUUGAAGCAAAAACCAAAUUAGAGCUGAACAGUGUAUGUGGAAUUGAGUGUCAAAGAAAACUGCCAUUGCCAAGCUUGUCUGAUUUGAAGGACCUCUUAUCCUAUGAGACUGUUUUUGAAAAUGGCACACGGACCCUGACUGAAGUGAAUGUCCUCGGAGAAGUGCUUGACCCAGCUGGAAACACAACCACACAAAGGUCUUUGAGAAGGAAGAGGCAGAUCUAUGGAACGGACAGUAGGUUCAGCAUCUAUGACAAGCGGUUUAUGACCAACUUUCCGUUCAACACAGCUGUGAAGGUCUCCACUGGCUGCAGUGGUGUUCUCAUUUCCCCCAAGCACGUGCUGACAGCAGCCCACUGUCUGCACAACGGCAAGGAUUAUGUCAAGGGCAGCAAAAGACUGAGGGUUGGCCUAAUGAAGACAAAAUCCAGAGGCAAUGGCAGGAAACACAAAGGUGCUAAAAGAAGUAGGAGAGAAGUUUCUGCGGCCAAAGAGGAUCCCAAAGUUGCCACAGAACAAAGGCAACAAUCCAAAGGUGACAGAAAAAGGCAAAGGAGGCCUGGGAGGAAACAAGAGACCUCAGAUGGCAUGCCCUCCUUCCAGUGGACCAGAGUGAAGAGUACCCACAUCCCAAAAGGCUGGUUUAAGGGCGUUUCUGGGGAUAUUGCCCUGGAUUAUGAUUAUGCUGUUCUGGAGCUCAAGCGUCCCCACAAAAGGAAAUACAUGGAGCUGGGAAUCAGCCCAACAAUCAAAAUGAUGCCUGGGAGCAUGAUCCACUUCUCAGGUUUUGACAAUGAUCGGUCUGGGCAGCUGGUCUAUAGAUUUUGUAGCAUAUCUGAUGAGUCCAAUGAUCUCUUUUAUCAGUACUGUGAUGCUGAGCCUGGCUCCACUGGAUCUGGCAUCUAUCUCCGUCUUAAGGAGCCGAACAAAAAGAAGUGGAAACGCAAGAUCAUUGCUGUUUACUCAGGCCAUCAGUGGGUGGAUAUCAAUGGUGAACAGCAGGAUUACAAUGUGGCAGUAAGAAUUACGCCUCUCAAAUAUGCCCAGAUUUGCUUCUGGAUACACGGGAAUGAUGAGAAUUGCACGCAAGGCUGAAGAGAGCUGAAUCUCACUUGCUUAGCACCUGUACUGCCAUUGACGGAAAGUCAGCUGCAGCAGUUACUGGAAGAACAUCACUCCAUGUCAGAAUAUUUCUGAACUCAGAGCUCACAAGUAAUGGUAUGGUAACUUAAGGAAUGCUGAAAUGCUGGGGGAUGGGUAGAAUUGUCAGACAAAAUAUUUCUAAUUGUACUCAACCCUAGAUAUGCACCUAAAAUCCCAAACUAUAUUUAUGUUUGCAAUUGUGAUAAACUCAAAUCAUUCUCAUGAGAAAAAAAAAUGACUGUACCUGUCAUUUUUUUUUUUCCAAAUAGAAGGGUUGAAACAUCCCCAACUGGUAUUAUUAAACAAUAUCUAUUUUUUAACAAUGGAUUUACUUUUCUCAGGGUUCUGUUCCAAUUUUUCAAAUUCAAGUUGUGCAUAGAGCAUAUUACUGUAUGUGCAGAAUGAUCCAGAGAACUGCAUCAGAACAAGACAUUAUUCUGGCAUUCUCUAAAGACCACAGCUCCAUGUUGAGAAGCAGCAGUGUAGUUCAUGCUUGCUAGUUUGGAAAACUUCCUCUUCUGGUUGCCACAGGAACACUCCCAUGGAAAUUUCAAAUUUAUGCAACUGAGGGUUAGACCUUAGACAAGGUUCACUUAAUUGCUCAGUAAAAACGGCAAGAAGAAAUUAACAAACAUAGAAGUUUCCGUGUUUGGAAGAAGAAGAAAUAUCAGGACAUAAUUUGAUGCCUUUAAAUUUUCUUUGAGAAGUUAUAGAAGUCUUAAACACAGGCAUUUGCAUUCCAGUUAGUAUUUGGAGAGCUGUAGGUUUAGAUUUUAGUCGAAUGUUUAGCUUUGCCAUUGGGAGAAGUCACUGACUCCUGAAGUGGCUAUUUGACAAUCAUUUAGAUCAUUUAAAUAUCACAGACUAUAUAUUUUUUGGGUGCUAAACAUCUCUUCAGUUUUUAUAAAUUACUUUUACCUGAGUUCAGCUUCAUAGAUAGGAUAGCAUGUAUUAGACUGGGAGUUGGAAAUCAGUAUUUUAGUUUGGCUUCAUACGGUUUUGCGAAGUGGAUGGUUUUAUUUAUGUCAUAUUCAGACUUCAACUUUCCAAACUAAAUUAUAGCACCUUCUGAAUGGUAGAAAUACCCUGUACAUUAUAACAGGUAUCUUGUUAGGUAGCAGCAGUAGUUAGCAAAUAAUUUGGUUCAAUAUGCUUACAGAACCAUAUAUUUAAUGAAAACAAAAACUGAGCUUGACUUUUACACACCUUGAAACACAAAUCACCUACUUAAAAAUUGCUGAUGAUUGCCACACGAGUCUAUAUCUUUUAUUUUAUGUCAAGAUUCUGAAGCGCACAGAAUUGUUAUGGUGCUACGUUAAUCUAAUAACAUUAAGUGAUACUGUGCCUUUCUGAUCAUAUCCUUUGGGUUGCAAUACUUUUAGAGUAUUCACCACCAUAAUAUUUAAUUUUUUUUACCAUAAAUUUAUUCUGACCAAAAUAUAUUUUCUUCCUUUGUGGAAGAAAAAAUAUAACAAGAUUUAAAAAUAUUAUUUGUUUGUUGGAAUCUUUAAAACAUGCUUAUAAUAUCUUUUGAUGAAAUAAGAUGAUUUUUAAUAACCCACUUUUUUUUAGAUGAUUGAAAGUGUGUAACCUGACACACUGAAUGUGCAGGCAACUUUCUUUGUCAUAUUAUUGCCAAAGCAUAAAAAUUUAAGACUUGCUUCCAUAUCAUAACUCUUAACAAUAUUUCAUUAAUUGAAAGAGAUCUCACUUUAAAGAAACUAUUUCUUUUAAUGUCAGCCUUUCCAGGGAACAGGGAACACUUAACUUUUUUUUUUUUUUAAUAUUUUAUUUUGUGUGAUUGUUUGCAGAAAAUUAAUAAUAAUUUUUAUAGUUUAGAAAUUAAUCUCUAAGAUUUUUUUGUUAAUUAUUUUUUAUUGUUGUUAACAUCUCUAUUAAGAUACAUGGCUUUGCUGACAGCAAUUUUAAAUCAGUCCAGUAUUUAAUACUCUUGUUCUAUGCAACAGCCCUACAAUAUUCUUUAGUCAGCUGUGUAAUGUUUUUCUUAAGUGCCUUUUUCCAUAGUUACUGGGACAAAUAAGGUACCACAUCAUUAAUCUAAUACAAGACAACCCAAGUCCAUGGAUUUUUUUUACAAUUAUCUUCAUUGUUGAUUUGGGUCCAAAACUGAUCAAGAUAAGGUGGCUUAGUAAAUUCCAUAUUUUGCUGAGUUUUAUUUAGUUGUGUUCUUUAGGAGCAGAAAUAUAAUGUAUUUCUCUAUCAGUUUGGGAAUUGGAAAAAGGUAAGAAUGAAAAAUGUUGAUGUCAGCUUUCAAAUGGUCUUGUUAUGAUAAUCAUCUGCUGUAAAUAUCUCAGCUGUGACCUGAAGUUCUCAUACCAGGCUGAUAACAAAUGUUUAUCCCCAGAGGAUAAAUACUAAAUGCUCAGUGCCUCAUUUUAUGGUGCCAAGAGUUAAAAAAGGUUGUCCAGAACAACAUAAAAAUUAAGCAAGACUAUAUUUACAUAUCUGUAUCUGUACAAACCUGUGUGUCUGAGUGCACAUGCACAAACACAUGCAAAUAUACAGGUGUGUAGAAAGAACAUAUGAUGUUCUGAUUGGGUCAACACCUCCAGGCAAGGGAAUGCAGGCACAAGAAGACCCAGACAAAGUGUUAUUCCUAUUAUCUCUGCAUGCCAGGCAAUAUUUCAGUCUGUCACUUGGCCUAAUAGAGAAGGAAAUGCUUAAUGUAGGCAUUGUGACUACCUACUACAGGGUCUUCUGGAACAGUUAAUAAAUUGGAGUACCUACACGCAAUCCCAGGAGUUCAGCGUUCUGUGUAGAGCUCUUGGUACCAACCACUGCAAAGAGGUCAAGAAUUUCUGAGCCAUAACCAUCUCAUAUUUCCUUAAAAACCCUGCAGUUGCUAUCUAGUUAUCAAUGAGAAAAUAUGAGGAGGGGGUGUUCUUAGCAGAUUAGAUCCUGCUGUUGUCCAGGACACCAGCAUCAAGGCUGGGUUUUGAGCUUGCGAUGUUUCCCUAAAGGAUUUUUUUCUCUUUUUGGCACCAUGCCGUACAUAAUUUGUUUUCAUCAGUACUAAUGCUUUUCCAUAAGAGUUAGUAUAGUUUUAACUGUAUUCCUGGCUUUAGGAAAAAAACAAACUCAGUCAAAUCUCUUUUCUGCUAGGGGGGCUACUGGAGUCAACAAGUAAAUUUUUUUCUGGGCCAAAGACGAAUCUCAUAUACAAGCCAUUAACACACCCACACCAGCUUCUGCAAGGUAUUUGUGCAUGUGUUUCAUUUGGGG